GCCUUCCUCAGGCCACAGUUUUUCGUUGUAGCUGCUGUUUCCGAGUCUUUCUAAGCCUCCGACUUCCGUCCCUUGCCCCUCCUCUUCGAGGCCCGCCUGUCUGUGUCUUCGCGGGAAGACUGCCAAUAAAGUUUUUUCUCUUCUCGCUCUCAGGCGCCUCGCCUCACCCCCAAGUACCGCGAGAUCCGGCGGCGCGGCUCCCAUGGCGGCGGCGACGACGGAAGCUCCAGCGGCCUUAGCGACCGUGGAGCCUGCGAUGCCGGCGGAACCUGCGAUACCCGCGGAGAAGGUGGCCGGGCAGUUCUCGGCCUCAGAGCCAGCCUCCCUGCCCGUGCGGAGCCUUCGGACGGCUCACGACGUCGGCGGCCCGCGGACCCGCACCGGGGACGUGCUGUUGGCAGAGCCGGCGGACUUCGAGUCGCUGCUGCUGUCCCGGCCGGUGCUGGAGGGGCUGCGGGCGGCCGGAUUCGAGCGACCGUCGCCCGUGCAGCUCAAGGCCAUCCCUCUAGGGCGCUGCGGACUCGAUUUAAUUGUUCAAGCUAAGUCUGGCACUGGGAAAACCUGUGUAUUUUCCACCAUUGCUUUGGACUCUCUUGUCCUUGAAAACUUAAGCACCCAGAUUUUGAUCUUGGCUCCUACAAGAGAAAUUGCUGUACAGAUCCAUUCUGUUAUUACAGCCAUUGGAGUAAAAAUGGAAGGCUUAGAAUGUCAUGUGUUUAUUGGAGGGACUCCAUUAUCACAAGACAAAACCAGACUUAAAAAGUGUCAUAUUGCGGUUGGUUCUCCUGGCAGAAUUAAACAACUGAUAGAACUUGACUACUUGAACCCAGGCAGUAUACGUCUCUUUAUUCUUGACGAAGCAGAUAAGCUUUUAGAAGAAGGCAGCUUCCAGGAGCAAAUAAAUUGGAUUUAUUCUUCCUUGCCUGCAAGUAAACAGAUGUUAGCAGUAUCAGCUACUUACCCUGAAUUUUUGGCUAAUGCUUUGACAAAGUACAUGAGAGAGCCCACGUUUGUAAGACUAAAUUCCAGCGAUCCAAGUCUCAUAGGUUUGAAGCAGUAUUACAAAGUGGUCAAUUCAUACCCUUUGGCCCAUAAGAUUUUUGAGGAAAAGGCUCAGCAUUUACAGGAACUAUUCAGCAAAAUUCCAUUUAAUCAAGCCUUAGUCUUUUCUAAUUUACACAGCAGAGCACAGCAUUUGGCUGAUAUCCUUUCUUCUAAAGGCUUUCCUGCUGUGUGCAUUUCAGGCAACAUGAAUCAGAAUCAGCGACUGGAUGCCAUGGCUAAACUGAAGCAGUUUCAUUGCAGAGUCCUCAUUUCCACCGACCUGACUUCCCGUGGAAUUGAUGCUGAGAAGGUGAAUCUGGUGGUAAACCUGGAUGUCCCAUUGGAUUGGGAGACAUAUAUGCAUCGGAUUGGUAGAGCUGGCCGCUUUGGUACUUUGGGACUGACAGUGACCUACUGCUGCAGGGGAGAAGAGGAAAAUAUGAUGAUGAAAAUUGCCCAGAAAUGUCAUAUUAACCUUCUGCUUUUACCAGAUCCUAUUCCUCCUGGUCUGAUGGAAGAAUGUUUGGAUUGGGAUGUGGAGGUUGAAGCUGCCAUGCAUACAUAUGACUUAGCAAAUGUACCUACCCAGCCUCUAAAAAAGCAAAUUCAAAAAAUAGAGAGAACCUUUCAAACUCGGAAAGCUCAUGGUAACCACGUGGCUUCAUCAAGAAAUACUUCUGUAUCUGCCCUAUCAGUAAAAUCAAAAAAUAAUACCAAACAAAAGCUUCCCAUGAAAAGCCACUCAGAAUGUGGAGUUGUCGAAAAAGCAGUGUCACCUGAAGAACCGGGCAGUGCUAUACAAUUGGAAGAGCAAAUGAAGAAUUCCGUUCAGAACUCUGUUGAAAACUCAAAUAACAGUCAGCACCACGUCAAAGACGCUUCAGUGUCACUCCCCAAAAUUCCUUGUUUGUCUUCCUUUAAAAUUCACCUGCCAUGCACUCUGACUUUUGCAGAACUGGUGGAGGAUUAUGAAUGCUAUAUUAAAGAAGGCUCAGAGAGACCCGUGGAAAUCAUCAGACACUACACGGGUCCUGGGGAUCAGACUGUGAAUCCUCAAAAUGGCUUUGUGAGAAAUAGAAUUCCUGAAGGGAGGGUGCAGAUACUGGCAAGUAGCAGCCAAUCUGGAGACUCUGAGAGUGACAGUGACUCAUACAGCUCAAGGACCUCUUCCCGGAGCAAAGGAAAUAAGUCAUACCUGGAAGGUUCUUCGGACACUCAGCUGAAAGACUCAGAAUCUGUUCCUGCGGGUGGCCACCUCUCUAAGGGACAGCCUCUGAGUGGAAACGCCACCCCUAGGCUAGCAGCGUAUCACGACUCACCUGAAAUCCAGGUAAAGGCAAGGCAUAAAGAGGGGGCCGGCCACAACCAGAGGGCCAAGCAGAGCCGGAGAAACCCCUCGCGGCGGGCUGCCGGUCGUCCGCAGCCAGAGCCCCAGGAAGAGCGCUGGUAUGGCUGCCAGAGGGAAACGCAUGCCAGUUUUCCUGACACCUAUCAGGACUAUGAGGAGUACUGGAGAGCUUACUACAGGGCGUGGCAGGAGUACUAUGCUGCCGCCUCUCAGUCGUAUUACUGGAAUGCUCAGAGGCAUCCAAGCUGGAUGGCGGCCUAUCACAUGAACGCCGUGUACCUGCAAGAGAUGAUGCGUGGCAACCAGUGACCACACGCCCUACGUCAGACCACCUGGAAGCAUCAGCGGGCGGUACCUCUGGGUUGCCAUUCUCCUUGACCUAGAGGAGAGUGGCACUGAUGGCAUUUUUGAGGAAUUGGAAAGAUCUUGAGGUUGGGACACAGCUAUUUUUCAGACUAUUGUGGCCUAAAUGGUUUAGGUCAGGUGCAUUAACUUUUUUAAAGAAACUUCACGGAUCAGAUUCUCAGAAGAAAAUUUUUAGGACAUAGAGCUAAAGGUCCCAGCGUGCCAUUUUCGCUAAGCCAUUCCAGAAAGAAACAUUUAAAAAGACCUAUACCACUACUUAACUUUGAAAGAAUAAAAACAGUUGAGAUUUGAAAAA